AGUACCUAAAUCCUUGGAAUAUUUCUUCCAGGGCCAAUACUUCUAUUUAACACCAGCCCUCACUUCUCGCCUCCCAUUCCUUUCUUCUCUAUUCAUUUUUUUCAUAAUGAUUUUGCUUGAUUUUUUAAUUAUUAUUGUUAAAACAUCAUAUUUUUCUAUUUUAUAACCUUGGUUCUCGUCCGAAGAAUACAAAUACAUUCGGAAGAAAAAUCACCAAAGCACAUCCACUCUUCUACCUAUUCGCAGGAAUCGACUCGAGCAUCCUUUAUGGGAAUCAUCCUAUUCAUUGAAUCGACCUUUUCACACCUACGGACGAAAGAUAAAACUCUAAUUCAACCAUGGCGUAUUCCGACAAUGCCAGAUCUGCUUUCCAUCGCGCAAUUCAAAAAACCCACUCGGGUUCAAUUGAAUGGUCUGCCCAUGAUGAAAAUCGAAUUCUCUUCGCCGAAGCUGCGUCCAAAGAUUUUCUGAAAAUUUACCCUCCCGAGCAGACAGCUGGUCUGCGCAGAUUUGCUAGCGAGAUAGGUAGAUCAAACGACCAGGAAUUCCAAGACACCCUCACCAACUACCUUAUCUCUUUGGUGGCUACCAUAUGCGGCGUGGCUAAACUUGGCCGUGCGAAAUUCGAGAUGUGGCGGGGUCUCCUCGAGGAAACAUUUAUGAUUCUGGAUAGAGAGUACAGUGACGAAGUUUCGCGUGAUGAAAACACGAUAGAAGCGCACGAGAGAUGUUGCUACUUCGAGCUUCAGGGCUUCUGUUACCAAGCAUUUGUUCGAACUCUGAAGUUCGAUGAGGAGGAUUCUGAAGUCGACUACAUAUCGAUGGAGUACAUAUUCGUCUACACUAUCUGCUGUCAGGUUCUAUGGAACCGUAUCGGCCAUAGCAGAUUCUUAGACAAUCUGAGAGACGAAGAGGUUGUGGAAAAAUUAGUCGACAAACUCGUUGACCAAGCAGUCGCUUCUCUUACUGACGACGCGAAUAAGACUCCGGAUGCGACUUCGAAUGAUCCGGACAUGAAACCGGAUGAAGAUUUAUGUGAUGAAUCAGACGAGGAUUUAGAGCACAAGCAGAAGCACGUCACCGGAUUUUGUGAUAUAGCGAGGGACUGCAAGUGUCUAGAAGCAGUUUGGAUGCGCAAAAUUGGACCUUCGAAGUUCCAUAAGGAAGAGGAGGCACGAAGGAAGGCGAAGGCCCUUCGGGUUUGGCGUGGACGCGUACAAGGGCUCACAAAGUUGGGAAAAUCGCCCCUCGGUCGUACACCUCUGAUAUGCGAUCCGGAACUUGACUUGGAUAUUCGUCUAACUAACUAG